AUGAAGCUGAAGCAGUUAGAAGGCCUCCUUGGUGGCCUCCAACAGUUCUCCAACCCAAAGGUGGAGCUGGAACAAUACCCAACUGGACCCCACAUUGCUUCUCGCAUGCUCUACACUGCGGAGAACUCAUUCGGGGAUGUGACUGACAAGGUAGUGGCUGAUUUUGGGUGUGGUUGUGGUACAUUGGGUGUUGCAGCUGCACUCUUGGAUGCAGAACGUGUGAUUGGCAUUGACAUUGAUUCUCAAUCUCUUGAAUUAGCAUCACUAAAUGCAGAGGAGCUUGAGUUGGACAUGGAUUAUAUUCAGUGUGACAUUAAGAACUUAGGAUUGAGAGCUGAAGUUGUUGAUACUGUUGUAAUGAAUCCUCCAUUUGGAACUCGGAAAAAAGGUGCUGACAUGGAUUUUCUCUCUGUGGCUUUGAAGAUUGCUUCUCAAGCAGUUUAUUCCUUGCACAAGACUUGCACAAGAGAUCAUGUGAAAAGGGCAGCCUUGCAGCACAAUGCCAGCAGUGCUGAAGUUAUAUGUGAGCUUCGAUAUGAUGUACCACAACUGUACAAAUUUCACAAGAAAAGGGAGGUGGAUAUUGCUGUAGACUUGUGGCGAUUUGUUCCCAAGAGUAUCUAG